AUGCAGGUCCUGGCCUCCGAUGAGGGUGGACUGUGCGCUUUGUCCCCAAAUCAGGGCCUGUGCGCCUUUGUGCAGAAAGGUGUGGUCGUUGUGUUUAUGGAUUACGUCCGGCGUACGAGUGGGAUAGUGAAUUACGCGCCUUCGGGCGGGGAGUCGGUUGCCCCGCUUCCUGCGAGCGCGGAUUUACCGACGCCCCGCCGAUGUGACGCUGUCAUUUCCACCCACACCGCCCUUGACGAGAUCGAUGAGCUGCAGUGGUCACCGGAUAGCACGCUUGUGACCCUUCUCCUGGCGCGAUGCAAAACUGUUGAAAUUGUGAGUGUAUACGGCAAGUGCUGUGUAGCUCGCAUUGAUGCAGGAAUUUCAGGUCUGCGCGCGGUGCACUGGCACCCGUCGUCGCGCGCGGUUUAUUGGUUAGGAUUGCUGCAAGCGCAUGUCCUCUCUCUUGUGGACGGCCAGGUGAUGCGCCUUGCGGGGGGUGUGAAGUAUUCCACCCAGCUCGCGGCAAGAAGGCAUUCGUCGAGGCUCUCCGUCCACGGCGACCCCGCCGCCCCUUCUUUCUUCAAGCAAAUUGGACCCGUGAGUGAGGCCGCCUUGAUUCGCUUCUCGACGUGCCAUCGAUUUUUGCUCUACGUGGCACCCAAGUCACUCCAUUCACCACUGUCAGCCAACCGGGAGGGGGAGCAGACGGCCCCAGCACUUGGGGUGAGUGGCGGCGUCACACCCAUGCCUCCUGCACGAGAGACCAAUGAUAGUGACAGGAAGGCGAAUCCCCGUUCCCAGCGCAGUGAGUGGCUUGUCGCUGUCUCGGCUACGACGCAUGAGGAGUUGCAUGCCUUCCCAACGGGAAAGUUUGUGCAAAGUGUGUCAGACUUCUUCACACUUGAGUGUGGGAUUGCACUGGUGGAUUAUAUUCACGGUACCCUGGUGUUGCUCUCAUACGAUGGCGCCCACAUGCUACAUCACGAACCCGCUGGAGUGAAGCACGUUGUCUCCUCGAAGGAUGGAACUGUGCUCCUCAUUCUAUUUGCCGAUGCCUGUCGUUCUGUUCUUGCGUACAAGGAUCGUGUUUUGGCCUUGCGACGCAUUAGCUUUCAGGAAGAUGUCAUUUUGUCGCUGCGGCUGCGAGAAUUGCAGGUGUUGAGGGAACCGACCUCGGCGGAGGGCUUCCCGGUGGCCCUUUCAGGCGUCGGGGCGUAUUAUCAAAGGGACUGCGACGCCCUCAGAGAAGUGCAUAGGCGUAAUAACGGGGCACAAGAAACGGCACAGGCGGAGUCGUUGCGGAGCCGUGCCACGAUCAGUGCGUCUGGCCAGAUGGCUGCCGUCACGCUGGGAAGAUGGCCAUGGUGGGUGUUGCUUAUUGAUAUUCUUGGCCAACGAGUGUCGGAGGUGCUGCUGCACAAUGAGCCCGUUCUGGGGCUUUGCUGGAGCCCCUCAUCAAGUUCGGAGUACUGGCGUUUCCAGCGGCGCCAUUACAUUCAGAAAAGGGAAGGAAGUGCGGAGAUGGCUGGUGACAGCAGCGCUGCCAGGGGGAAGCGGCUCCCAGGAGAGGAGGAACCUCUGCUUGUGACCACGGACAAUCACGAGGCGAAGGUAUUUUUGUGGCUUGCCAACUAUGCCACGUGUUUUGCGGCUUCUUGCAAAGCCUUUUUGGAUGAGGCCGAAGCAGCGCCGAAACAAAAAAACCAGCGAGGCGAGGCGUCUGGCGGCGUUGGUGAGGGCCAAAUGCCGGCGUUGCGGCUAAACCGCGCCAUGUUUGGUGAAGGCGCAGUCACCGCGAUGUUGGCGGAUGAAGUGCGAGGGGUGGCUCUGACGGUUGCAUUCCGCAUGGAUGAACCCAGUCGAUGA